UAACCUUGUUAAAUAUACUGAAAACUCUUACAGGUUUUGGUGGACACUUGGCUGCUUGCAAUGAGGAAAGGUUCUCAACAAAAAUUUCCCAAGUCAAAGAUGCCAUCAUCAUCUCUUAUGCCCAAUAUGAGAUCUAGGUCACUUUCACCUUUAGGCGGAUCCAAGACUCCACCUUUUCAUUCUGGAGGACAGUGGUGUGAGCAAGUUGGGAUUGCAGAUGAAAACACUAUACAAUUGAACUACCACGACCAUAGAGAAGCUGGUUCACAUGCAGGAGUCCGAUACAUUACAGAGGCUCUUAUAAAAAAACUUACUAAACAGGACAAUUUGGCUUUGGUAAAAUCUCUGAACCUUUCACUUUCUAAAGAUGGUGGCAAGAAAUUUAGGUACAUCGAAAAUUUGGAAAAAUGUGUUAAACUUGAAGUACUGAAUCUCAGCCAUAAUCUAAUAGGGAAGAUUGAAAAGUUGGAUAAGCUGCUAAAAUUACGUGAACUCAACUUAUCAUAUAACAAGAUCUGCAAAAUUGAAGGCAUAGAAAAUAUGUGUAAUCUGCAAAAGCUAAACCUUGCAGGAAAUGAAAUUGAACAUAUUCCAGCAUGCUUAGGGAGGAAGUUAAAAUCUUUGCGAGUCCUCAAUCUAAAAGGCAACAAGAUAUCAUCGCUUCAAGAUGUAAGCAGGUUGAAACCACUUCAAGAUUUAACUUCUCUGAUCCUAGUUGAAAAUCCAGUUGUGACCCUUCCUCAUUAUCUCCAGUUUACCAUUUUUCACCUCCGUUCACUGGAAAGUUUGGAAGGUCAGCCAGUAACCACUCAGAACAGACAGGAAGCUUUUGAGAGAUUCAGUUUAGAAGAAAUAGAAAGAUUGGAAAAAGACCUGGAAAAGAAGAUAAUGGAAACUGAAGAGCUGAAGAGCAAACAAACCAAGUUCUUGGAGGAAAUUAAAAAUCAAGAUAAAUUGAACAAAUCAUUAAAAGAGGAGGCCAUGUUACAAAAACAGAGCUGUGAGGAGCUAGAGAGUAACCUAAACACGAAAAAUGAAUUGCCUUUGUCUUGGUUUCUUGCAGACACUUUUCUGCUGAUUCUUUAUUCUUCCUUAAAGCUAAAACAGAAGACCAUGGAACUAACGCGAGCAUGUCAGAAACAGUAUGAGCUGGAACAGGAAUUGGCUUUUUAUAAAAUUGAUGCCAAAUUUGAGCCACUAAAUUAUUAUCCAUCAGAGUAUGUUGAAAUUGAUAAAGCCCCAGAUGAAAGCCCUUAUAUUGGCAAAUCCAGAUACAAGAGAAAUAUGUUUACCAGAGAAAGUUACAUUAUUGAUAAAGCCCAGCCAAUAAAGAUUAAGAAGAUGGAGCCAGAUGAAAACGAACAACCUAUAAAUGAGCAGAAGAACUUGAGAGCCCAUAUGCCACUAGACAUACAGCUGGAAGACAAAGAAAGAAAAAUAAGUGCAGCACAAACUCGACUGUUGGAACUGCAUGAUGAAAUAGAAAAGGCAGAACAACAAAUUUUAAGAGCUACUGAAGAAUUUAAACAAUUGGAAGAAGCUAUACAGCUUAAAAAAGUUUCAGAAGCAGAGAAAGACCUUCUUUUCAAGCAGUUGAGUGGUAGGAUACAACUUCUAAAUAAAUUACGCCAAGAAGCUCUGGAUCUAGAAAUGCAGUUGGAGAAGCAAAGGCAAGAAAUUGCUAAAAAGCAGAAGGAGAUUAAAGACCUUCAUAUAGCCAUAGAUAGCUUGGAUUUUGAAGACCCAAAACAUUGCCAUAUGAAGGCUCAGAAAAGGGGUAAAGAACAACAGCUUGACAUUAUGAACAAGCAGUACAAACAACUUGAAAGCCGUUUGGAUGAGAUACUUUCUAGAAUUGCUAAAGAAACUGAAGAGAUUAAGGACCUUGAACAACAGCUUACUGAAGGCCAGAUAGCAGCAAAUGAAGCCCUGAAGAAGGAUUUAGAAGGUGUCAUCAGUGGGUUGCAAGAAUACCUGGAGACUGUCAAAGGCCAGGCAAGUCAGGCUCAGAAUGAGUGCAGGAAGCUACAGGAUGAGAAAGAGACAUUGCUGCGGAGACUGACCGAGGUUGAGCAGGAGAGGGACCAACUGGAAAUAGUUGCCAUAGAUGCAGAAAAUAUGAGGAAGGAGCUUGCAGAGCUAGAAAGCGCUCUCCAAGAGCAGCAUGAGGUGAAUGCAUCUCUGCAGCAGACCCAGGGAGAUCUCAGUGCCUAUGAGGCUGAGCUCGAGGCUCAGCUGAAAAUACGUGAUGCUGAAGCCAAUCAGCUCAAGGAAGACAUGGAAAAACUAACAAAUCUUAACCAGUUAGAACAACUAGCCCUUCAAGCAGAACUUGAGAAGGAGAAGCAAGCCCUCAAGGAUGCCCUCGGAAAAGCCCAGUUCUCAGAAGAAAAGGACCAAGAAAAUAGUGAGCUCCGCAAGCAACUUAAACAGCUGCAGGAUGACAAUAACCUAUUGAAACAGCAACUUAAAGAUUUUCAGAACCACCUUAACCAUGUGGUUGAUGGCUUGAUUCAUCCAGAAGAAGUGGCAGCUCGUGUCGAUGAGCUACGGAGAAAACUGAAGUCAGGAGCUGGGGAAAUGAGAAUCCAUAGUCCUUCAGAUGUCUUAGGGAAAAGUCUUGCUGAUUUGCAGAAACAAUUCAGUGAAAUUCUUGCAUGCUCCCAGUGGGAAAGAGAGGAAGCACAAGUAAGAGAGAGAAAACUUCAAGAAGAAAUGGCUCUGCAACAAGAGAAACUGGCAAAUGGACAAGAAGAGUUCAGGCAGGCCUGUGAGAGAGCCCUUGAAGCAAGAAUUAAUUUGGAUAAGAGGCAACAUGAAGCAAGGAUCCAGCAGUUGGAGAAUGAAAUUCACUAUUUGCAAGAAAACCUGAAAAGUAUGGAGGAAAUCCAAGGCCUUACAGAUCUCCAACUUCAGGAAGCUGAUGAAGAAAAGGAAAGAAUUCUGGCCCAACUCCAAGAGUUAGAGAAAAAGAAGAAACUUGAAGAUGCCAAAUCUCAGGAGCAGUUUCUUGGUUUAGAUAAAGAAUUAAGGAAACUUAAAAAAGCUGUGGCUGCCUCUGAUAAGCUAGCCACAGCUGAGCUCACCAUUGCUAAAGACCAGCUUAAGUCCCUUCAUGGAACUGUUAUGAAAAUUAACCAGGAGCGAGCAGAGGAGUUGCAGGAAACGGAGAGGUUCAGCAGAAAGGCCAUGCAAGCAGCCAGGGAUCUGACUCGAGCAGAAGCAGAGAUUGAACUCCUACAGAAUCUUCUCAGGGGGAAAGAGGAGCAGUUUCGUAUUGAGAUGGAGAAAGCAGAUGUAGAUACCACAGGAGCAGACUCACAGGUGCUGGAAAUGGAGAAGCUGAAUGAGACCAUGGAGAGGCAAAGGACAGAGAUUGCAAGGCUGCGGAACUUACUAGACCUCACUGGGGCCGAUAAAGGAAACUUUGAAAACAUUUUGGAAGAAAUUGCUGACCUUCGACGUGAAGUUUCUUAUCAGAAUGAUUACAUCAGCAGCAUGGCAGAUCCUUUCAAAAGACGAGGCUAUUGGUACUUUAUGCCGCCACCGUCAUCAUCAAAAGUUUCCAGCCACAGUUCCCAGGCCACCAAGGACUCUGGUGUUGGCUUAAAGUACGCAGCCUCAACUCCCAUUAGAAAACCACAUCCUGGGCGAUCAGACCGGAAGGAAGGCAGUGGACCUCCACCUGCCUCAGGAUACUGGGUUUAUUCUCCCAUCAGGAGUGGGUUACAUAAAUCGUUUUCAAAUAGAGAUGCAGACAGUAGAGGAGACAGCCCAGAAGAGAGCGAGCUGGAUGACCAAGAGGAGCACCCAUUUGUGCCUCCUCCUGGAUACAUGAUAUACACUGUGUUUCCUGAUGGCUCUCCUGUGCCCCAGGGCAUGGCCUUGUAUGCACCACCUCCUCCAUUGCCCAACAAUAGCCAACCUUUCACGCCUGGUACUGUUGUUUAUGGCCCGCCUCCUUCUGGGGUCCCCAUCGUUUAUGGACCUCCACCCCCCAACUUCUCCAUCCCCCUCAUCCCUAUGGGCGUGCUGCAUUGCAAUGUUCCGGAACACCGUAACUUAGAGAGUGAAGUUUCUAGAUUGGAAGACAUAAUGCAGCACUUAAAAUCAAAUAAAUGGGAACAGUGGAUGAGAGUAUCCAAGCAGCAGUCUGAGAAAGAAAUGGAAGAACUGCAUUAUAAUAUUGAUGGUCUUUUGCAAGAGAAGAAAGACUUAGAGCAUGAAGUAGAAGAAUUACAUAGAACCAUCCAGAAGCAUCAACAGCGAAAAGAUUUCAUUGAUGGAAAUGUGGAGAGUCUUAUGGAUGAACAAGAAAUGGAAGAAUCACUCAAGCACCAUGAGGAUAUUGUAGAUGAAAUUGAGUGCAUUGAGAAGACCCUUCUGAAACGUCGAGCAGAGCUCAGGGAAGCUGAUCGACUGCUGGCGGAAGCUGAGAGUGAACUUUCAUGCACAGAAGAGAAAACCAAAAAUGCUGCUGAAAAGUUUGCUGAUGCCAAGAGAAAGUUAUUGCAAACUGAGAAAGAUGCUGAGGAAUUAGAAAGGAGAGCUCAGGAAACUGCUAUCAACCUUGUCAAAGCCGACCAGCAGCUCAGAUUGAUCCAGGCUGACACGAAGGAUUUGGAGCAGCACAAAAUCAAACAAGAAGGAAUCUUGGAAGAAAUAAACAAGGUUGUUGCAGCAAAAGACUCAGACUUCCAGUGUCUAAACAAGAAGAAGGAAAAACUGACUGAAGAGUUGCAGAAACUGCAAAAAGACAUCGAGGCCGCAGAACGCAAUGAGGAUCAUCACUUGCAGGUCCUUAAAGAGUCAGAGACCCUCCUGCAGGCCAAGAGGGCAGAGCUGGAGAAGCUGAAAAGCCAGGUGACAGCUCAGCAGCAGGAGAUGGCUGUCUUGGACAGGCAGUUAGGGCAUAAAAAGGAGGAGCUGCAUCUACUCCAAGAAAGCAUGGUCCAGGCCAAAGCUGACCUCCAGGAAGCCCUGAGACUGGGCGAAACUGAAGUAACUGAGAAGUGCAAUUAUAUUAGGGAAGUAAAAUCUCUUCUGGAAGAAAUGAGUUUUCAAAAAGGAGAACUGAAUGUCCAGAUUAGUGAAAAAAAAACUCAACUUACUCUUAUAAAGCAGGAAAUUGAAAAAGAAGAAGAAAAUCUUCAGGUAGUUUUAGGGCAAAUGUCUAAACAUAAAACUGAACUAAAGAAUAUUCUGGACAUGCUGCACCUUGAAAACAAUGAACUACAAGGUUUGAAGCUACAGCAUGACCAAAAGAUGUCUGAGUUAGAGAAGACUCAGGUUGAAGUAUUAGAGGAGAAACUGGAGUUAGAGAAUUUGCAGCAGGCAGCUGUGCGACAGAAAGGGGAAAUAGAGUGGCAGAAGCAGCUCCUCGAGAGGGACAAACGGGAAAUAGAGCGAAUAACUGCUGAGAACCGAGCAUUGCAAUCAUGUGUUGAGUCUUUGUGUGAAGAAAAGCAAGAUCUGAAAGAGAAAUGUGACAACUGGGAAAAGAAGUUGGCACAAACAAAACGGGCUUUAGCAGCUACAGAAGAAAAUUGCAAAAUGGAGCAAUCGAACUUAGAAAAGCUGGAAUUGAGUGUCAGAAAACUGCAGCAGGAGCUAGACCAGUUAAACCGGGACAAGCUCUCCCUGCAUGAAGACAUGGCAGCAAUGCAGCAGCAGCUACAAGAAAAACGAGAAGCAGUAAACUUGUUACAAGAAGAACUAGCUGAUGCUCAAGACCAUUUGAACCUAACAAAACAGGACCUGCUCCACACCACCAGGCGGAAUGAUGCACUGCUCAGUGAGCAGACCAGGCUCCAGAAGGACAUCAGUGAGUGGAUAAAGAAGUUCGAAGACUGCCAAAAAGAAGAGGAGACAAAACAGCAACAGCUUCAAGUGCUCCAGAAUGAGAUUGAAGAAAACAAAGCCAAACUAGCACAACAAGAAAUGAUGUUUCAAAGACUCCAGAAAGAGAGAGAAAGUGAAGAGAGAAAAUUAGAAGCAAGUAAAGCGACACUGAAGGAGCAGCAGCAGCAACUGGAAAAGGAAGUAACAGACCAGCAAAGCAAACUGGACCAGGUGCUCACAAAGCUGCUGGGGACAGAAGAGCGUGUCAGGACUCUGCAGGAAGAGGAGAGGUGGGGUGAGACCCUAGAGAAGACGCUCUCCCAAACCCAACAACAGCUUUCAGAACGGGAGCAGCAAUUAAUGGAAAAGUCAAAUGAGCUGCUGGCUCUCCAAAAAGAGACAGAUUCUAUGAGGGCCGACUUCAGCCUCCUGCGGAACCAGUUCUUGACGGAAAGAAAGAAAUCCGAGAAACAGGUUCUCAGCCUGAAGGAAGCACUUAAGAUCCAGCGGAGCCAACUGGAGAAAAACCUUCUCGAGCAAAAGCAAGAGAACAGCUGCAUGCAGAAGGAAAUGGCAACAAUCGAGCAGGUGGCCCAGGACAACCACGAACGGGCCAGGCGCCUGAUGAAGGAGCUCAACCAGAUGCAGCAUGAGUACACGGAACUCAAGAAACAGAUGGCAAACCAAAACGAUUUGGAGAGAAGACAAAUGGAAAUCAGCGAAGCAAUGAGGACACUUAAAUCUGAGGUGAAAGAUGAAAUCAGAACCAGCCUGAAGAAUUUCAACCAGUUUCUUCCAGAGCUACCAGCAGAUCUGGAAGCUAUUUUGGAAAGGAACGAAAACCUAGGAGGAGGGUUGGAAAGCUUGAAGGAGAAUUUUCCAUUCACCAUGAGUGAGAGACCAACACCUUUGGAAGAAAAACCUAAUUUUUCCCAGGUUCACAUAAUGGAUGAACACUGGCGUGGAGAAGCGCUGCGAGAGAAACUGCGGCACCGUGAAGAUCGGCUCAAGGCUCAACUUCGACGCUGUAUGUCUAAGCAAGCAGAAGUGUUAAUCAAAGGGAAGCAGCAGACAGAGGGCACUUUACACAGCUUGAGGAGACAAGUCGACGCGCUAGGGGAACUGGUCACCAGCACCUCUGCAGAUUCCAUAUCGUCACCAUCACCUAGUCCGUCUCAGCUGGAGUUUUCUUUUGCAGAGGACUGUCAGCUUGGACCAAGCCAGAGCUGUUUCCAACAAGUCCUACAAGGUCCAUCAAAAUUACGAGACAGUUACCGACAUUGAUGCCAUUCCAAGCUUCCUGCUCACAGGGAAAAAAUGGUUCAGCCAGAUGAGGAAUACUAUCUUGCAUAAAUCUGAGGAAAGACCUCCACUACCUCACUAACUUCAUUGUUGGAAUGCCACUUAGUUUUUAUCAAGAUCCAGUGAAUUCAGAUGCUGAAACUCUACUGUAGUUUAUCGCACUUGAACCAUUAAGGCCAGGGUUUUUGUAAGUCAUGUGCACAUAUGGGAACAGUUGUAUAAAUUAAAACAGGGUUCUAGAUUGCUGAGUAUUUUUAUUUUUUAUCUUUGAAAUGUGCUAUUAUAAAACCAAUGCUGAAUGUAACUGCAAAUUUGAAUCUAUAAAGCGUUAAAAUCUUUACUUACAAAGAAAAAAAUAUACUUAGGCCCCUCUUCAUUCAGUGUCAAAGGUUAUUUUUGGAUUUUGCUUAAAAAUCUAUUUUCGUAUGAAAAUAAAAGGUAAAAUAAAUGUGGGCUAUCGUCUGACUUUACAUUUCACAGAUAUACAAUAAAGCUAUCAUAUUAUUACCUUAAUUCUAAGAAAUGACAAUCUUUCAAAUAGUUUCCUAUUUGUUUGGAGGUUGAAGUAUGUUGUACCUAUCAGAGAAUAUGUUUCAUCUUUUGAAAUACCUAUUAUAAAACUAUUACAUUUCAGGUUCUUUUCCUUGACCAAAACUUUGGUGGAAAAGUAGAGAAUCUGACCCAGGGUAAAUUCAAACUGUGUUCAGACUUAAACAUUUUUGAAGUACUGUAACUAAUGCCUUAACUCCAUGGUACAGAAAUACAUUAUUUCUCUAAAAAUAAGAAUAGCAGCUCUUGGUCAUAAUGAAAUGUGUGGCAACAGAAUUAUUCCCACGGGAUACUGAAGUAUGAAACCACAUGAAAUAGAUUAGGUUUUAAAAUAUUUCCAAGGACUCUUUUCUAGGCCCCCUAGACAGCUUUUGAUCUAUGGCACAUAGUUACGCCACGUUUCUACAAUACAGAAUAGCAGUGCAGUAAUCCUCAUCACUUAGGUUUAUAUUCCUAAAAAGUUGUUUGGCUACAACUGGACCAUUAAGAUAUGGGAUAAAUAUAGUACAAUGAAGACAAUGGAAGUGACAUAAAAUUUACUAGUACAUAGCAAGUUCUGGAAGGCAUCUAAUUCCAAAACAAAAAUUGAUUUGGUAGUAUCUUUUGUACCUACAUUCUUCUUGGUUUCAUUUUCACAAAUCUUAGCAAAAUGCUUAAAAUCCUGGCCUAUUCAGUUGUCGAAAUCUUUCAGGGACACAUUUUCUUGUUCUAUCCAUGUACUGUAUGUGAGGGUAAAAUUACUUCUUUCUAAACUACCACAUGAACCCUCUCUAUAUUCCCAAAUAAACAGGAAUGGAAGGUAAUCAUUAGGUCUUCUGUUUAAGGGUAGUGAACUGAACCACACAACCACAAAUAAAGAUAAUACCUAAAACAACAGUUGUGUGGGCAACCAAGUUCUCAAAACUUUAAGAGUCUUCUGGAAUAAAAGAAGUGAGGUAAUUAGUGUAUGAAGCCAAAUACCUGGUUCCAAAACUUUUUUCCAAAGAAAGUUUAUUACCUCUGACUAUUAUGUAUCAUCAAGCCCCCCCCCCCAAAAAAAUCAAGGUUAUUGCAUCAAAUACUUAUCCAUGGAAAAUACUUGAACAUUGUGGAAUGUCAGGUACUAAGCACCAAUUACUAAGCAGGAGGGCCUCCUCCCUCAUAGGUGCAAGGGCAAUGAGUAACCCAGAGAAGCAGGUGACCACAUAAGCAGUAAACGCUCAUGGAUUAAAAAUUAAAAGAAUUUCACAUUCUCUCCAAAGUGCACUUGCCAGUGUCUGGCACAUGAAUGUUACAAUAUGACAAUCUGCUCCUUUAUUUUUGAGCACCCAAGUUUAUUGUAGGGAAUUAGACAUGAAAAUUACAGAAUUUGGCCCCAAGUACAGUGGAGGGAGAACACCAUCAGGCACCAAAUGUGCUGAUAUCACACUGAAAAAGGUUGA